GAUCAAAGCUAUGAAUGGUGACCAUAAAUGUUCUAGGCAGUUUAAAUUUGGAUCCAUUGUGUCCCCUGAAUGGAUUGGAAGACAUUAUGUGACUGAAAUUGCAAAUAAGCCAAAGAUGAAACUUCAGGAAAUGAUUGAUGACAUCAGACAAAGGUAUAGGUGUGUGGUAUCUAUAGGACAGGUUAGAAGGGCAAGGAAAUGGGCCAAAAUUUUAAUAAAAGGUAAACUCACUGAGCAUUAUGCAAGGAUAUGGGAUUAUGCCCAUGAAUUGUUAAGGUCAAACCCGGGGUCCACAUGUCAAGUUGGUGUAACAACCAAUCCAGAUGGAAAGAAUUAUUUUCAUAGGUUUUACAUUUGUUUCAAAGCACUAAGUGUUAGCUGGAAAAGAGGAUGUAGGAGAGUAAUUGGGCUUGAUGGGUGCUUUCUAAAGGGGCAGGUGAAAAGUGAACUGCUAACAGCCAUUGGUAGAGAUGCCAACAACCAGGUUUAUCCAAUUGCUUGGGUUGUUGUUGAUGUGGAAAAUAAGUCCAACUGGACUUGGUUCCUUGAGCUACUCAGUGGUGAUCUAGACCUUAUUGAUGGAAGGGGCUUGGUAGUUAUAUCAGAUCAACAUAAAGGUUUGUUGCAAUCUGUUAAAGAUAUAUUGCCACAUGUGGAGCACAGGCAAUGUGCCCGACACAUAUAUGCAAAUUUUAUAAAAGCUUACACUGGGUUGGAGUUCAAGAAGCUGUUUUGGGCUGCAGCUAUGAGCUGUGUGGAAGGUGAUUUCAAGAGACAUAUGGACAAAAUUAAAAAGCUCAAUCCUGGUGCAUAUGAUCAUCUAAUGUCCAAAGAACCCGAAACAUGGUGUAGAGCUUACAUGAGUACAGGGUAUGCAUGUGAGGAAGUGGAGAAUGGUAUAUCAGAGUGCUUCAAAUCCAUCAUUGUGGAUGCUAGGAAAAAACCAUUGAUCACAAUGCUUGAAGAAAUAAGGAUAUACAUCAUGGAUAGGUUUACUCACAUGAUUGAGGAAAGCACUAAAUGGAAUACCCGUAUAUGUCCAGCAGUGUUAAAGAAUAUGAAGCUUUUUGGGAAGAACAUGAGGUUUUGGUUAAUAAUUCAUAGUCAACAACAUGUGUUUGAAGCAAGGAGAGGAUGUGAUAGCUACAUGGUGGAUUUAGAUGGAAGGCAUUGUACCUGCAGGUUAUGGGAUCUGGUUGGGAUCCCAUGUGUUCAUGUCAUUGCAACUAUCAACUAUAUCCAUCAAACACCUGAUGAGUAUAUUGAUGACAUGUUUUCCAAGGAACAAUUCCUUAAGUGUUACUCUGCUAUCAUUAGUCCAGUAAAUUGUUCAAAUCUAUGGCCUCAAACUGAAUUCAUAAAGCCAUUGCCACCAGUGUCAAGGAGAAUGCCUGGUAGGCCAAAGGUCAAUAGAAGGAGACAUGUAACUGAAAAUGAUGGAAGAGUACACACCCCAAGAACUGUAAGGUGUGGUAAGUGCUUUGAGUAUGGCCAUAACCAGAAGGGAUGCAAGAAUGCAACCAGGGAACCUGUCCCUAUGCCACCAAAGAAAAAAGGAAGGCUAAGGAAGGAACAAUGUGAACCCAGUCAAGCAGCAUGUGAUAGGUCUGAGAGGCAGGAACCUGUCCCUAUGCCACCAAAGAAGAAAGGAAGGCCUAGGAAGGAACAAUUUGAACCCAGUCAAGCAUCAUAUGAUAGGUCUGAGAGGCAGGAAGCAGUUCCUAUGCCACCAAAGAAGAAAGGAAGGCCAAGGAAAAAGGUCAAAUCUGACCCAAAUCAAGCAUCAGGUAGGGGAUGUGAGGAACAAGUGAAAGAUUUGUUUGACAAAGAAGAUAUUGAUGAUGACAGUUUGGUUGAUAUGAUGUGCACUUUUGAAGCUUCUCUUAGCCAAUCAAAGGAUAAUUAUCAGAAAGGUGAUGGAUUCCAAGAUGCAAUGGAUGCUAUUAUUCAAAGUAUUCUCCAUGCUAAUGAUGACAGAGGUGUUGAGGAUGUUGAACCUGACCUGACAAAAACACUUGAUGAGGUUGAAGAUGCAAUGGAUGCUAUUCUUAAAGGUAUUGAUCAAAAAAGUCAAUCUGAGAAUGAGGAUAAUCCUGAACCUGAAUUCACUGAAGGAAAUGCAAGUGAUGUUCUCCCAGAGAUGGUGAUGCUAGAUCUAGAAAGUGUAGCAGACCUACUUGGGGCAGGAUAUAGCAUGGCUGAAAUAGAGAGCAUGAGAGGGUUCAAAGUUGAAUUGGAUGAUAUGCCAGCAGUUGAGAUGGAUGUGAAUGAAGUUGAGGAUAUUCCAUAUGUUGAUGGUGUGAUGGAAGGUAAUGAAGAUGAUGGUCUUAUAAAUGAGGGUGUGGAGGAAAAUGAGGGUGAUGGUGAGGGUGAUGAUGUUGAUGAAGUAGCAGGCGAGGGUGAUGGUGAUGGUGAUGGUGCUGGUGAGGGUGAUGGAGAGGGUGAUGGUGCUGGUGAGGAUGAUGGAGAGGGUGAUGGUGAUAUUGAGGAUGAAGGUGAUGGUGCUGGUGAGGAUGAUGCAGCAGAUAUGGAGGGAAAUGAUGUUGAUGAUGAAGGGCAUGUACCACCUAGAAGGACAAGAAAGCCCUCAGAAAGGAUCAUCCUGCAAAAGCUGAAGAAACCUUGUUUUGACAAAGAUGGAAGGGGUUCCACAUCUAGCUAUCCAGUAGAUUUGGAGUAGUUACCUAGGUAUAUGGGGGCAAAAGUGGGGAUGGUAUCAUUGGGCAAUUGUAUAGGUAGCCCUUUUUGGUUAUUU